AAGUAUACUCAAAAAACAAAAAAGAAAAAUCCGUUUGGGAACCGAAAGAAUCAUUUCGUUUGUGAACUGAGCCAAAUGACUUGGAUCCUAGAAAAGAGCCGGAUUCCCCCAUCUCUGAUGUCAGCAGGCCGUAAUGUGACGAGAAAAAGCUGCGCAACAAACGAUGGCGGUGUCUCAACCGAGGGUGGAGAAAGACAGCGAGGAUUGCUCUCUUUUGCCUUUAGUUCACGAUGUUAUCAAAUGCAUGGACAAGGAUAAGGAUGGCCAGGAUGUUCAUCAAGAGCUGAUGAAGCUGAAAACAAAGAUUCAGAAAGCUAGGGAGCAAAUCUCCAACAUGCCUGGGAUAGACAGCAGCCCACAGGAGCAGCAGCAGCAGCUGGCCACUCUGAGAGAGCAGGUGCGCACCAAGAACCAACUGCUUCAGAAAUACAAAAGCCUAUGCAUGUUCGAUGUCCCCAAAGCAUCAUAAAACUAGUUAGGUUGGACUGGACUUCACAAACUGGAGGGAAAAAUGAAUUGAAACUCAUGCUCUUCAAGGACAUGGCAUACAUGGGAUAUUUUUUCCUGCAGUGCACAACCAUUUUGAGGAUCAUUUGUUAUUUUAUUAUUUUUGGAUGUGUUUGAUUCUGUAGAUUUUGUUUGGAUUUUCCAAUCUUGUUUUUGUUUGUAUUAAAACAAUUUUGAAAACCUUAUCUAGAUGUUGUUAUUAACACAAUUUACUACCACUUAUGAGUUGCUGUUUAUGUUAAACAAAUCCACUGUUGGCACAAAAUUAAAGUGCCUAAAUGUUAAGGAAGGCAGUGAACCUGUUUUUAAAGAAAUAUAAAUUCUGUCUUUAACAUAUUGUAAUCUUAAGACUGAAGAUUUCUUUUUUUUUUUUUAAAAAGUGGAAAGAACGGGAUGAAAUAGUACAUAAUAUAUUGUGUUAUGCAUGAAAUUAAUCACAAGAGAAACAAGAGGCUAAAAAU